AUCAAGAGGUAUAUUUAACAUGUGCUCGUCAGCCACAGUGAUCACCGGCUUUUUGCUCGUCGCCUGCUUCUCAGGCAUCACGCACUCUACCGAAGCAGAGGCCGACCAACAAUUGGAGCAACCCGAUGAGCUAAAUUCAGAUUGGGUUGGAAGCCAACUCUUCCGAAAACCUCAAGUGGACGGAAAAAUCGUCGGCGGCACUCCCGCUCAGAUAAAAGACUUCCCUUAUCAGUUGUCCCUGAGGUACCGAGGAAGGCACAUUUGCGGCGCCUCAAUAAUCAGCUCCAAUUUCGUGAUCACGGCAGCGCAUUGCAUUGGAGGCGAGAGGGUCCCUUCGAGGCUGAGUUUGAAAGCAGGAUCGUCCAAUUUGUACACAGGCGGCACCAAACACAGCGUCGUGAAGAUCGUCGUCCACUCGCAAUACACGGAUUUCUCGGAAGAUUACGACUUGGCUAUUUUGAAAGUUCGGGAGCCGUUCAAAGCAUCUAAUUCAAUCAGUUUGCCACAAUCAGGAGCAGUAAUUGAGUCCGGAACUGUGGCUAUUGUGACCGGAUGGGGAGUUACAAGGGAGGGAAGUAUUUCUCCAGCUUUCCAGCUACAAUCGGUUUCAGUCCCCAUUGUUGACAAUGUCGAGUGCGCCUACAGCUACAUUGGCUACGGAGAGAUCACUCAGAGAAUGUUGUGCGCUGGCUACAAACUUGGCCAAAAAGACGCGUGCCAAGGUGACUCAGGAGGUCCUCUCGUUGCCAACGGAGUGUUGGUCGGCGUCGUGUCUUGGGGUGCAGGAUGCGCCAGACCCGGUCUUCCAGGUGUCUACACAAAUCUGGCCGACCCUGCCAUGAGGGCCUGGAUAUCAGCGAAUGCAGAGGGACUGUGAUCUGAUUAGCUUUU